GACACACACAAACGAAGCAGCAGUAGCAGCAGCAGACGCUCAGUGCUGCUCUCAGUGUGCGGAGCGGAGGAGGAGGAAGACAGACGGCACAGGCUGUAGUUAUGCCUCAGCUCCGGGAAUAUAUAUAUCUCGCGCGCGCUCGUUCUCUCUCCCCGCGGUCCUCUUUUUCGUCUUGUUCCUUUUUCUUCCCGAGUUCACUUUUACCUCGCAUCCUUCUUCUGGGGAGGACGCCGAACAAACAGCCAGCCGCGCGUCAUGGUGCGCCUUUGCGCAUUAUUUCUGGAUCCUUAAAAAAAGUGGUUUCUUUUUUGCCUGCGCUGAAAUGAAGCGCCUUUUCUGCGUGGCGGGGAAACGAGGGAGCGAUUGGCAUCCCCUGUCUCCCUCUGAAUAUCUGGCUGCAGCUGCUGGUGAUCUGCGUGAAGCCGCUGAAUAAAUCGGGGCUCUCUAUAAGGGGGAAAAAAAAGGGGGGGUUGCAGUAAGCGGCUUUUAGUCUCACGGAUUCUCCUCUGCCUCUGACAAUGUGCCAAGUCCGUUCACCGCGCAGGAUCCCGUUGAUUUGCGGUGGUUUUGCCUUUUUUUCUUUUCCGGGAUUAAUUUUUUGAGGGAUUCUUUUUUUUUUUUUUUUUUUUUUUCGGAAUUUUUGGAAUUCAAAGCGAAGGUCAAUGGAGAGAUUUGCGCAUCCCCUGUGCGUCACGGUUCCGUUUUAACACCAAAAAAACUGCGGUGCGCCUGUUUUCUGCGCGCCUGUGUGCUUGUGUGUGCGAGUGAGAGAGAGGGUGAUUUUGUGCGCGUGUGUGUGUGCGCGCGCGUGCGUAUGUGUGUGUGAGCGCCUCUACCUCUCCCCCCCGCCCCCCUCCCUCUCCCUACUGUGAGAACUCACUCGCUCAUUUUUUCCCCCCCCUUUUUACCAUCCAAGGCUCACGCUGCAAAGUUAAAUGCUGGAUCUAUAUUUCAGCGACCAUUUUUGGCUGUAAAAAUGCUGAGCGGCGUCCUCUUUCUGAGCGUCCUCACGGUCACCAGCCUGUCGCCGUCCGAAACGGAGAGCCGCAAAACUUCAGCCUCCAAAGAUAUCUGCAAGACGCGCUGCGCCUGCGAGGAGCGAGAGAACAUCCUCAACAUCAACUGUGAGAAUAAAGGAUUUACCACCGUCAGCCAGUUUCAGGCGCCCCCCAAUAAAAUCUCCCAGCUUUUUCUAAAUGGAAACUUCCUGUCACGGCUCAGCGCCAAUGAGUUUGUCAAUUAUAGCAAUGUCACCUCUCUGCAUCUGGGGAAUAACGGCUUACAAGAGAUCAGAACGGGCGCUUUCAACGGGCUGCGCUUUCUGAAGCGGCUGCACUUGAACAACAACAACCUAGAGGUGAUUAAAGAGGAUACAUUUGCAGGACUGGAGAGCUUGGAGUAUUUACAGGCAGACUAUAAUUAUAUCAGUGCCAUAGAGCCGGGCGCUUUCAGUAAGCUGAAUAAACUCAAAGUGUUGAUCCUCAAUGACAACCUGCUGUUGUCUUUGCCUCCUAAUAUUUUCCGCUUCGUGCUCCUCACCCACUUGGAUUUACGCGGCAACCGACUCAAGAUGCUGCCGUUCGCCGGGGUGCUGGAGCACAUAGGCGGCAUCAUGGAGAUCCAGCUGGAGGAGAACCCGUGGAAUUGCACCUGCGACCUGAUCCCCCUCAAGUCCUGGCUGGACACCAUCUCCGUCUUCGUUGGGGACAUAGUGUGCGAGACGCCGUUCAGGCUGCACGGCAAAGACAUCACUCAGCUCAUAAAGCAGGAUCUGUGCCCGCGCAGGAAUGCCGGCGAGCGCGUUCACCCUCCCUCCGACUCUCACUUCCAAGGGGCCCUGCCUCCGACCUACCACCCCGGCGUUAUCACCCCCACCCGCGCCCCGAAAGCCUCCCGCCCGCCCAAAAUGCGCUACAGGCCCACCCCUCGCAUCUCAAAGGACAAACAUGUCUUCGGGCCUAUAAUGGUCUACCAGACGCGUUCCCCCGUGCCCAUGUUGUGCCCCAGCGUCUGCGUUUGCACAUCACAAAACCCCGACAGCGGACUGAACAUCAAUUGCCAGGAGCGGAAGUUGCAUAACAUUAGCGAGCUGAAUCCCAAGCCCUCCUACCCAAAGAAACUCCACCUGACUGGUAACUACUUACAAAUGAUUUACAGAACUGAUCUCACCGAAUACAGCUCACUGGAGCUGCUCCAUUUAGGAAAUAACAGGAUCGCAGUGAUUCAGGAAGGUGCUUUUGAGAAUCUAACAAACCUCAGACGGCUCUACCUGAACGGGAAUUACAUUGAAUCGCUCUCUCAGUCCCUGUUUGCUGGUCUGCAGUCGCUCCAGUACCUGUAUUUGGAAUAUAACAUCAUAAAGGACAUUUUACCACAGACAUUCAACUCUUUGCAUAAUCUGCAGCUUCUUUUCCUGAACAACAACCUGUUACGAUCGCUCCCCGACAACGUCUUUGGGGGCACUAUGCUAACGAGGCUCAACUUGAGGAAUAAUCACUUCUCCUACCUCCCGGUCCGAGGCGUGCUGGACCAGCUUUCGGCGUUCAUCCAGAUCGACCUGCAGGAGAACCCGUGGGACUGCACCUGCGACAUCGUGGCGCUCAAGAACUGGAUGGAGCUGUCCAGCACCAGCGUGGUGGUUAAUGAAAUCACUUGUGACUCGCCCUCUAAGCACGCGGGGCGCCUGCUGCGCUCGCUUCGCAACGAGGCCAUCUGCCCCGAGCCCAGCGAGGUGCCACCGCCCCAGCACCCCCCUCCCACAAAAGCCCCCACGUUAAUAAGUCCCAGCACCGAAGCCACCACUCCCUCGUCCUCCUCGUCGUCCUCGUCCUCGUCCUCUUUCAGCUCAGCCAGCCCCACCGAGUCGCACAUCCACGCCCCCGAGCUGCACCCCGAGGUCCCGCUCUCAGUCCUGAUUCUCGGGCUUCUAGUGGUCUUCAUCCUGUCCGUCUGCUUCGGCGCCGGCCUUUUUGUUUUCGUCCUGAAGCGGCGCAAAGGGGUGGAGCACGUUCCAACGGGCGCCAACAACUUAGAUCUCAACUCUUUCCAAGUGCAAUACGGCUCCUACACCCCCGAACCGACCCAAGACAAAAGCUCCGAGAGCCACGUUUAUAACUACAUCCCCCCGCCCGUGGGCUCCAUGUGCCAAAACCCCAUUUACAUGCAGAAGGACGGCGAGCACGUGGCGUACUACCGCAACGCCAAGGAGCUCAGCUUCGUGCCCCUGGACAUGAAGAAGGACGACAUCCUCACCCGAAGCCCGGGGGCCUACACAAUCAGCCCGGUGGAUUUUAUGGAUAAAUCACCGAUGUCGUGCGGCCUGACCAGCCCCGAGCCUCCUGAGAUGUUGUAUCAAAACUUAGGGGAGAGGCCCAACAAGGAGCUCCCGGCGGGUGCAGGCGCCCCUCCGUUCAAUUACAACUUUUGCACUUUGCCCAAGAGACCUUGCAUCGUGCCCCCCUACGAGGUCGCUACGGCCCGGCGGCACAUCACCAACCAGGACAGGUUGAACAAAACUGUGCUGUACGGGACCCCGAGGAAAUACUUCGGGCCUGAGUACCCUUCCAAAAACAAUGAGCACCCGCCCCUGCUCCCCGGGAAGCUAAAAACAGAACCAGACUACCUGGAGGUUCUGGAGAAACAGACUGCGAUGAGCCAACUGUAAGAUAGCGACACAGCUCCUCCACCCCCAGGUUUUGUGCAGCAUUCAUAAUAAUCACGCAGUUACUGUUAUAAUAGUCCUCUCUAUAUAUCUAUCUUAUCUAUCUGUGUUCAAUCCUACACGAUGGACUGGAAGCAAACAGAAGCCUUUGAUGAUCCUUUUCUCUCUUCUUUUUUCUUCUCUCUUUUCUUUUUCCUUUCCAAUAUGUAUAAAAGGAAUAUAAGAAGUAUAUUAUUAUUAUGCAGUUCUAUUUUUUCUCCUGGAAGGUAUAAAUUAUUUCUUCUUUUUUGACAAAUGAAAUUCUAAAAGACUCUGAUGACGGCAGGUAUAUAAUGGGCAGGACUGUGUACAAAUACGGCUUUGUGCUUUUCAUGAAACUGUAUUUUGCCCCCCCCCACCCCGACCUCCCCUCCUCCCCCCCUCCCACACCCUGUGACAAACAGAAAAAAAAGUCAUUCUUUGUAGAAGAGGAAAAGCUAAAGAUUGACAUUCCUGUACAUAUUUAGCAUACACAGAUAAAUGGUGAGUGUUAAAUCUUAAAAGAAAACCUUUUCAAAAACCCAACAAGCGGCAAAAUCUUAAUAUACUCCAGAAAGUGCCUUUGCACUCAACUAUUUUAUCAACAAUGCUCUCUUCUCUGCAAAAUGGAAAUGUUCCUCCUCUUUCUUUUCUUUUCUUUUUUUUGUUUUUGUUUUUGGAAAUUGAUGUAUUUUAAAGAGUCGAAUCUUUAUGUGAACUAAAAGACUUAUUUGUCUGUUUAAAAAGAAAAAAAAACUGAACUUGAGACUGGGUGUGAAAUGAUAUAUAUAUUAGUUCCUGACGGGCAGAACCGUGUGUUAUUUUUGCUUUCACUAUGACUUGUCUUUGGAGAUGAAACUCUUAUAACGAACAUUGUAUGCUAUAGGGGAGCAAUACAGCGCGGCGAAAUUGCGCCAUUAAAUUUUCACUGAAGCACUUUGUCAAGA